AUGGUCCCGGUAUCUGUGGAGCAGGUCGAAAAUAAAGUUGUCAAAUUAGAAGGUGACAAUGUGGAAGUGUACUGUAAUGUGACUGCAGGUACUCCUGAUCGAGCUGAUAUGUGGACAAAAGUCGCGACUGGUGGGCACAUUGAGGGAAACCCAUUGAACAUCACUAACAUCACCAGAGCUCAAGCUGGAGAAUACAAGUGCACGGCAAACAACACGUGUGGAGAGAAGUCUACAGUGGUGGACAUUGAUGUGCAGUAUAAACCUGAUGAUGUUCAUUUAAACAAAAAUGCAACAAACAAAGUCUGCGCGGGAAUUACUAUAAACUUCACAUGCAGCGCUGAAGCUAACCCAGCAGUACAUACUUACUUGUUGUAUAAAAAUGAUACUGUGAUUUACAAUACAACACUGGGAACGGUGAUAGAGACAAUGGAAAAUGCUGGCCAGUUUGUGUUCAGAUGUGAGGCCAAUAAUUUCGAAGGGACUGGAAGAAGCAGUGAUACUCUGUUGACCGUUCAUGCCCCUGCAACUAUUGUAACACAGGAAGGAAAUAAAACUCCAGAUGAAGGUGAAAACGUUUUAGUUUACUGUAAUGUGACUGGCAUUUCUGAAACAACUGUUAUGUGGAAGAAUGUCAAGACUGGUGAAAUCAUUGAGGGAAAUCUGUUGAACAUCACCAACAUAACUAGGGCUCAAGCUGGAGAAUACAAGUGCACUGCAAACAACACUUGUGGAGUGGAGUCUACAAUGGCAAACAUUGAUGUGCAGUGUAAGAAAAUAACUGUUACAUUGUUAUAUUUUUGUAUAGGUCUGAUCUCGUGGUCCUACUAUUAUUAAAUGUUCGUUUCCAUAAUAGUGUUUCAAGUGCAAUGUACAAGUAAGUACCAAAGAAAUAGAGAGAACAAAGGUUUAUCAGUUGAAAGUCUUUGAGACCUGCCAUUGAAGUAUCAGGAAGGCUAGAGUGUUCUUUUCUGACAAACUCAUCACACAACCAACUGGUGUUUACACCCAGAACAAGAAACCUGCCUCCCUGCUUGUUCUAAAGGGGU